AUUUAAUAAUUUACUUUUUAGAAAAAUGUGCAAAAAUUACUAUUCCAAAAAGAAAUACAAACUGAAGUUCUUACUUCAGCUGAUGUCAUAGUUUCAACAUUAAAUUCUUGCCUAACAAAAUCUAUUGAAAAUUUAUUCAUGCCUUUACUAGUAACGCAAAAUAUAAAUGAACACAACUUCAUAUGCAUUAUUGAUGAUGCAGAACAAUGCAUUGAACCAUUGACUUUACUACCUAUAUUAUUUGGAAUAAACAGAUUGAUAUUAGUAGGAAAUGAUUCACUAGUUAAACCAAUUGUAAAAAAUCAAAUUAGUAAAGAUAAUGAUUUGAAUAUAUCUCUUAUACGAAGAUUGAAUUUAUGGUUAAAAAAAAGUAAGAAUGUUGAAGAUAAUUCUUCAAAUAUAUCAAGAAUCACAUUAGACAGACAAUAUAGAACACACUCAAGUAUUUGUAGUUUUCCUUCAACAUUUUUUUAUGGUAGAACAAUUAAAAAUACAACUUCAACAUUUGAAAAUUAUCCUCUUCAGCGUUAUUUAUUAUUAAAUCACAAAUUUAUACAUGACAAUGUUGAAGAUAUUAAUAUGAAUGAAGCAGUACUAAUUCAAAAUUUGAUACAUAUAAUAGUAUCAAAUGUUCAAAACAAAAUCAUAAAAAUUGCAUUAUCUAAUGAGAAUCAAUAUAAAAUUAUUAAAGGAUUAAUAAAAAACAAUUUAAAAAAUGUUAAUUAUGAGAGUAUAUCAGUUCAAUUUGUACUAACAAGUGUUUUAUAUAAUACUGAAUGUGAUAUUCUAAUAUUAUCUACUGCUAGUUCUAAGAUAAUUAAAGAUGAUCAUCUCUUGUGUACUAUCAUGACACGACCACGGCAUUCUUUGUUUUUAUGCGGAAACUUUGAUUAUUUAAAGUCUCACUAUACUUGGAAAAAAUUACUAGAAGAUGCUUAUCAGCGAAAAGUUGUCAAAUAUGUCAAUGAAAAUAUAAUAUCGAACUUAAAAGACAUGAGUAAUUUAAUAAAAUGUCACAAAAAAUGAAGAAAUAAAAUGUAAGUUCAUUGUGAAAAGCGUUAAUUAUUAAAAUGAACACAAUUAGUGUUCAAUUUUAUAAAAAUUAUUUUUUAGAUAAAACUCGACUUAUAAUAAAUAUGUACCAAUGUUUUGUAUUUUUUUUUUUCCAUUAAUUAUUGUUAUUAUUUAUUUAUAUUCUCAAAUGUUCGUUUUAUAUGUAUUUUCCCUAUAGUAACUUAUUAAUUCAAUUCAUAGUAAAGAUUAGUU